AUGAAACGAGGACAGGGCACCGCUGAGCCUGGCUCCAGCAGCGAGGGCGACGCCAGCACAAAUAAACGGCCACGGAUAUCAGACGUCCUUGAAAAUGAAGACGGUGCGUCGUCCGGCUCUGAGAAAUCUGGCAGCUCCGACAGCUCGUCGUCGGCAGGGCCGGAAGAGGACGCGGAGGAGGCAGAGAUUGGCCUUCGCUCAACCCAGGCCGUCCACGAGAAGCACUCACGGAGGCAGGAGAACGUUGCGGCAGAGCAUGGGAUCAUAGAGCGUGUUGACUGCUACAAUUUCAUGUGCCACGAGCACUUCUCGGUCGAGCUGGGCCCGUUGAUCAACUUCAUCGUGGGCAAAAACGGGAGCGGGAAGAGUGCCAUCUUGACCGCGCUCACGCUCUGUCUGGGAGGGAAAGCGUCUGCUACAAAUCGUGGCCAAAGCCUGAAGAGCUUCGUCAAGGAAGGCAAGGAGUCUGCAACAAUCAUCGUUCGCAUAAAGAACCAGGGGGAUGGUGCCUAUCUGCCGGAUAUGUAUGGGGACUCAAUAAUAGUCGAACGUCACUUCACUCGCUCUGGCUCAAGCGGCUUCCGGCUGAAGAGUAAGUCGGGGACCAUCGUCUCAACUAGGAGAGCCGACCUGGACUCAAUCACGGACUACUUUGCGCUACAGAUGGACAACCCUAUGAACGUACUCUCCCAGGACAUGGCCCGGCAAUUUUUGAGCACCUCAAGCCCUGUAGAAAAGUACAAACUUUUCAUGAAGGGAGUGCAGUUAGAACAACUAGACCAGGACUACCACAUGAUGGAAGAAUCCAUAGACCAACUUUUAAACAAACUCAAGGAUCAUCAGGACCAGUUGACGGUCCUGGAAACCAACAGAAACAAUGCGAGGGCACGGCUGGCACAGUCUGACAGGCAUGAGAGCCUACGGGCCCGGAUUCGCCAUCUACGAGCACAGACAGCCUGGAUACAGGUGGAGGAACAAGAACGGCUUCGGGAUUCUCUCAUUGCAGAAAUAGCAGAGACUAGAGCACGCAUUGAGCAGCUAGAGUCUGAAGCUGAAAAUCGUGACGCGGAAUUUCAGGCCGCUGACGAAGAAGUCAACGAGGCAACCGAGGCUGUUCGUGUAGCUAAGGAAGCCCAUGCCGCCCUUGACGACAGCAGGGCAGAAAUCAAGCAACGAUAUGAUGAAGCCGUUAAAGAGCGCACAGGUCUUCAGGCGCAACAAGCCAUGAUCAGGGAGCAUCUUAUGGACAAUAAAAGGACGAUUGCGGAUACCCAAAAGCAGAUUGCAGAAGAGAACGCGAGGCUCGAGGCAUUGAAUGGCGGCGCGACAGCAGCAAAACUCGCUGAGCUCGAAGAAAAGAAGGCUGCUGCGACCGCCGCUAAGGAUAAAUACAACAACCACAAAGAGGGUGCUGACCGGUUGGAGAGAGCUGUCUCCAAAGCAGAAGAGGCUGCCGGCGAGAAAAGAGGGCCGAUAGGGGUGAAGAAGACUGAGAUCACUGAUGCGGAAAGCCAGCUACGAACGUUGAUGAGAGAUAGCAGAGGCAAACAGGAUGGAUUUAAUGAGAGGAUGCCUUUGCUUUUGCGAGCAAUUGCUGCUGAACGAGGGUUCGAUCAGCCACCAGUCGGCCCACUGGGCCAGCAUGUGCGCCUUUUGCAGCCUAAGUGGUCCUCUAUCUUGGAAAAUGCAUUCGGUGCAACACUCACGAGUUUCGUGGUUACAUCAAAACGAGAUAUGAAUGUCUUGUCGGGAAUAAUGCAGCGAGUAAAUUGCGUAUGUCCUAUAUUUAUCGGGAAUUCACAAGGGAGGAUUGAUACCACGGACCAUGAACCUGAUCCUCAAUUUGAUACUGCACUGAGAGUGCUAGAGAUUGACAAUGACAUGGUUCGCCGCCAACUAGUGAUCAACCACGGCAUUGAACAGAUGCUACUGAUUGAAAACGUUGAAGAGGCAUCGACGAUCAUGUUCGAUGGCACAAGGCCGAGAAAUGCUAGACGAUGUUACUGCAUAGAUUCAAGGGAUAGGAGAAGAGGUAUUCAUCUUGCCUUUAGUCGAAAUGGAGAUCCCAACCAGUCACCUAUUGCUGCAUUUACUGGAAGGCCUCGAAUGAAAACGGACAUUGAUAUCCAAAUAAGGUUGCAGCGAGAAGUCAUUGAUACCCUCAAACAAGACCUUGGACGCCUUGAACAAGAAUACCGUACUGCGGUCCAACACCUUCAGCGUCAAAAACAAAUGCUCGCUAUUCAUAAGAACCAAGAACAUGAAUUAUUUGUCGAGAGUCAGAAGGCCGAGGAUAAGGCAGAUGAGCUCAAAGAUUCAAUCGAUGACGACAGAAACCAGGAUGGGCGGCUCGAGGCCCUGACUUCGGCUAUGAAAGAAGCUGAAGAAGAGAUGAAGUUACACGAACGUUCUUUCGAAGAUUGUGUCAACGCGAAGGAUGAAGCAACAGCCAAGGUAAAGGAGAUAAAGAGAGAACUAGCUGCCAAAGAUGCCGAAAUAUCUAGCGUUUCUGAGAAUACCCGUAAGGCAGAAACGGAACUAUUGCGCAAGUCUAAUAAGAGACAUGCGGCACUCGUUGGCAAAAAUGAUGCAAUUGCGACAACAGACACUGCUAAAGCGCAGGUUACUCAGAUUGAGCGAAGACAGGAAGACACCACAGCUCGAAUUACCGACUUCAUUCAGAAGGCCAGUAUGGUUUCUCCGAGGGUCUUAAUUGACCAGGGGGAAACAGAAAUUAGUCUUGCGGAGAAACUGGAGAGGCUGGAUAGAGAUCUCAGGAGAUAUGAUUCACAAAUGGGGGCGUCAAGAGAGGAGAUUGCCGCCGCUGCGGCGGAAGCGGAUGCAAAAUACGAGCGGUCCCAGAACGAGAUCGUUGGUUUUAGGACACUGGCACAGAUGCUCAAAAACUCGCUGGUGCAUCGUCAAGAGAGAUGGCAAAAAUUCCGAGCACACAUUACGUCACGAGCGAAGAUACAGUUCAUGUAUCUUCUCAGUGAGCGAGGCUUCAGAGGAAGAAUUCUUGCAAACCAUAAGAGGAAAAUUUUAGAUAUACAGGUAGUUGAACCUGACAGCACCAAGGAUGGCAUCAGCCGAGGAGCCAGGACUCUGUCAGGAGGAGAAAAGUCCUUCUCGCAGAUAUGCCUCUUACUCUCCCUAUGGGAAGCCAUGGGAUCACCCAUUCGUUGUCUCGACGAGUUUGACGUCUACAUGGACUCGGUUAAUCGAAAGAUGGCAAUCGACAUCUUGAUGUAUGCUGCCCGAUGCUCUGUCGGACGCCAGUACAUCCUUAUCACUCCUGGCUCUAGAUCUGAAAUCACUGCCGCCCCCGAUGUGCGCGUCAAAGAGCUUGCCGAGCCAGAACGAGGCCAGCGCACCCUCUCCUUUGCCCAGUAA